AUUCACGUGGGCCAUGACGUUUAGUGUAUAACGAAUGAUUAGAGAUAAAAUUAGUUAUUAAGUUUAGUGUAAGAAGUGUUUAUUACAUAUUAAGUGAUUUUUAUGUAUUAAUUAAACACCAUCAAUUAAUUUAAAUAUUGUAUAUUAAUGCAACACCAACAAAAUUAAUCAACGAACACCAUUCAUUAUUUAUUAUACUAAACACAAAAGGUGAACAAUUUUUAUACAAGAAAAUGGGCUUAGAAUCAAUUAAAUACAAAGAUGGUAAAUUAGAAAUAUUAGAUCAACUAUUAUUACCACUUGAAUCGAAUUAUAUUCAAAUUAAAGGUGUUGAAGAUGGUUGGAAAGCGAUUAAUAAAAUGCAGGUACGCGGUGCGCCGGCAAUUGCAAUUGUUGGAUGUUUAAGUUUAGCCGUUGAACUUUAUAAUGAAAAGUUUGAUGAGAAAAAAGUGUUACGUCAAGAAAUUGAAGGAAAAUUAAAUUAUUUAGUUUCAGCAAGACCAACGGCUGUUAAUAUGAAAAUAGCGGCUGAUGAUUUACAAUUAUUAGUUAAUAAUUUGGAACAAGAUAGUAAUGUUCAAUCUGCUGAGGAUAUGAAAACAAAAUUUAUAUCUGUAAUAGAAGCUAUGCUAGAUAAAGACGUAAAUGAUAAUAUUGCUAUUGGUAAUUUUGGUGCAAAAGCGAUAUUAGAUAAAACACCCGGUGAUACACUUAUCAGAGUUUUAACGCAUUGUAAUACUGGUUCAUUAGCUACAGCUGGCUAUGGCACCGCUUUAGGUGUCGUACGAUCAUUACAUAAAUUAAAAAAAUUAGAACAUGUUUACUGUACUGAAACACGACCAUACAAUCAAGGUGCACGUUUAACUGCGUACGAAUUGGUUCAUGAUAAGGUUCCAUCAACUCUAAUUGUUGAUAGCAUGGUAGCAGCUUUAAUGCGAACAAGAAAUAUAAAUGCUGUUGUUGUAGGGGCUGAUCGAGUUGCAGCAAAUGGAGAUACUGCCAAUAAAAUAGGAACGUAUCAAAUAGCAGUUUUGGCUAGAUAUCAUAAUGUACCAUUUUAUGUUUGUGCGCCGUUUACAUCCAUUGAUUUUAAUAUUACUAAUGGUGAUCAAAUACCUAUUGAAGAGCGUCCGGAUCGUGAAAUGACUUAUGUUGGUGGCCAUCGAAUAGCAGCUCCAGGAAUAAAUUGUUGGAAUCCAUCUUUUGAUGUAACGCCAGCAAAAUUAAUAACUGCUGUAGUUACAGAACGAGGUAUUUUUGCACCUUGUGAUUUAUUAAGCCAAAAAGAUACUAUAAUUUCGACUGCCAACUAAAUAAUUAUUUUGAUUUUUAAAUUUAUAUAAAAA